AUGUACGAGACAUGGUUCUGCGUAUGGCCCGUACAGGGAUCCGUCGGUCCACUGGAUAUGCAUCGUUACACGGGUGAACUUGAUAUCUCCUGCCCAGUACGCAGUAACAAUUUCUAUCGUACUGCGUACAGAGUAUGUUCGUGGAAUGGCACGCCCCGCCCCGAUCAGACAUGGAUUCGCCCUUCAGUCUCCAGUCUUGUCUACGGAGUAUUCAACCCACAAAUUGCAUGGUCCAUCAUCCAGUCACCACGGCAGUGGAAAAAGGACCCCAACUGCGGGAAAUCCCUGCGGGUCUGCCCUCUGAAAGUGGACAAUCGCAACCCCAUCAUGUUCCGUGAACGGCAGGUUAUGGAGAACGGAACCUCCCCUCCCCCUGUACAGGAGAAAAGGGUUGUAUUGUGUAUUUACUCCGUACGGAGUGCAAGACCAGGGCAUCCUGAUAUGCGCCCGCCUGUCAACCCGAGUGACGCGGUGGAAAGGGCAAAGCCCCGAAUCCAGACGUUGCUUGUCGAUCACGCGGGAACUCCUUACAUGGAUCUGCGCCGGUUGCAUCAGAUUGCUUACUGCGGCUGGGCCGAGGGGAGGGGAUAA